AGUUAGUAGUGCAAAAUAACAAUCUGUUAAACUGACGCUGCGGAAAAUUCCUCCAGCACUCUCGCACUUCGGAGACGUAGUCAGAAUCCGCAAAAAGUUUCAACUUCAAACGUUCAAACUCACCAGAAUGCCUCGCGCUCUCUAGCUACGCUCAUAUACACUACAAGUUGUAAGCGGUUGUAUGUUUUGUGAGGUUAUACUCGUAAACACACGUUACGCACGUGGAUCUUACUCCAAUCGACAGAAAACAAGAACAUUCAUCUCCAUCUUCAGGCAGACAUGACAAAAGGCAGCAAAAUCUUUGUGCCCAACAGAGGCUUGGGCUAUGUAAGCAACCACAUACCCCUACAAGUAAGAUACAUCAAGAGCAGAAAAGAGAACUUAAUUAUAACAUGUGUUGGCAAAUCUUUUCACACAUAUGGAAUCAGUCAUUUUGGCUUACUGAGUGUCAGUAGCUUACAUCCCUCUGACAUAGAAGCAAUGACAGCUGAUGCUUAUCAUGUCUACACAUCAUGUGGAAAAACAAUUUAUGCAUGGAGAAGAGGUACUGAAUUAAAGCACACCUAUCAAGGACACAAGGACAACAUUCAUUUAAUGUUACCAUUUGGAGCUCAUCUCCUAAGCAUUGAUAAUGGAAAUGAACUUAGGGUAUGGGAUAUCAAAUCAGAAGCAGUGCAGUUACAGUUGAAUUUUGAUUUAAAAGUAUUCAAGAUUACAACAAUCUUACAUCCUAGUACUUAUGUGAACAAAAUACUGCUGGGCAGUGAACAAGGUUCCAUGCAAUUAUGGAAUUUGAGUACAGCAAAGUUAAUUUUCACAUUCCCUGGUUGGGGUUGUGCUGUAAGUUGCCUAGAGCAAGCACCAGCACUAGAUGUCGCUGCGAUAGGCUUAGAUAAUGGUAAAAUUUUACUGCACAAUUUAAAGUUUGAUGAGACUGUGAUGGAAUUUCAACAAGAUUGGGGCGCAAUCACGUCGAUAUCAUUCCGUACCGACGGCCAUCCAAUAAUGGCCACUGGUAGUCCUUUAGGUCAUAUUGUUUUUUGGGAUUUAGAGCAGAAACGAGUUGCGUCUCAACUACUUUCCGCUCAUAAAGACGCUGUUAACGGCAUGGUUUGCCUUCCAAGCGAACCGUUAGUAAUCACUUCAUCAGCAGACAAUUCUCUGAAACUAUGGAUAUUUGAUAUGACCGAUGGAGGUGCACGACUUUUGCGUAUAAGGGAAGGUCAUGCAAUGUCUCCGACUAGUAUUCGUUUUCACGGCUCUAACGGACACAAUAUCAUCUCAGCCGGUGGUGAUAGCACACUGAGAAUAUUCAAUACACAAACAGAACAGUUUAAUAAAAGUUUAGGUAGAGCAUCGUACAAUCGCAAAUCUAGUAAAAAACGCGGCCGUUUAAUUGACGAUCCAUUAACUAUGCCUCCAAUUAUUCAAUUUACUUCGGAAACAACACGCGAAAAGGAAUGGGAUAACAUUGCAUGUGUGCAUCAAGGGUUGCCAAUGGUCACUACAUGGUCCUAUGAUAAAUUAAAAAUGGGCGAACUUAAACUACUACCAGAAAGACUACACAAGAAGACUAAAAAUUUAGAUGAAGACGUAAAUGCCACCUCGCUGUGUUUAACACAUUGUGGAAACUUUGUUUUAGUUGGUUACAGCUCAGGUCAUGUUGAUAGAUUUAACGUUCAAUCUGGUUUGUGGCGUACGACAUACGGAAAUCCAAAGGCACAUGAUCAAUCUGUGCGUGGAAUCGCAACAGACGGUCUUAAUCAAGUCGCAAUCACCGGCGGAAGUGAUGCGACGAUUAAAUUCUGGAAAUUUAAGAAUAAAACCGGUGAAAAUGCGUUGACAACGAUUCAACUUGAUGAAUCCGUGUUAUUCAUGCGCGCACAUCAUGAAUCUUCAAUGAUAGCAGUAGCUCUGGACAACUAUACUAUCCAGGUUAUUGAUAUAGAUACGCGAAGCGUGGUUAGAAAGUUUCCUGGUCACAGCGCACAAUUAACCGACGCAACAUUCAGCCCAGACGCACGAUGGUUGGUCACAUCCGCUAUGGAUUGUAUUAUUCGCACGUGGGACAUGUUAUCCGCCCAAUUGGUUGAUCAAUUCCGCACGGAAAUGGCAUGUAUAUCUUUGGACUUCUCGCCGACGAGCGAAGCACUCGUCACUGCACACAUCGGGUAUCUAGGUAUGUUUUUAUGGACGAAUCGCGCGUUAUAUCAGCGUAUUACGCUCAAGGCACAGAAUUUAAACGAAGAACCUGAACUUGUAAGUCUUCCUGAAGUAACAGUCAGUGAGAUUGAAGAAAAAGAUGAAAUUGAUGAUGAUAUUGACGCAUUUAAAUCGCCUGAGCAAAUUAGUCAUGAACUUAUUACACUCUCUGGUUUAUCGAAUUCAAGAUGGCAGAACCUGCUUGAUAUUGAUAUUAUCAAACGCAAAAAUAAACCGAGAAUGUUACAGAAGGUUCCAAAGUCUGCGCCGUUUUUCUUACCAACGACGAAUUUACAAUUCGCUACUAAUAAACCUGACACAACUAAUGGAAGCGUUUCAAAAUUGUUUUCGACAAAUUCAUUAACGAAUUUUACAGAGUUUGGUAAAGCGUUAAACAAAGCAAAAAGUUCAGAUGAUUUUGAUGCUAUUGUGACACAGUUAAAAUUGUUUGGUCCAUCAAUGAUCGACCACGAGAUCAAAUCUUUGUGUCCUGAUGAAGGCGGUUCUAUUUUGACAAUGCUCCAGUUCCUUAAAUGUAUUGAGUACAUGCUAAAAUCGAAUUGUAAUUUUGAAUUAGCACAGGCGUAUCUUGCGGUGUUUCUUAAAACGCAUGGUGUACUCAUUUCACAGGAAAGUGAAUUGAGGGAUUAUUUGCCUAAUAUUCAGAGUUGUGCGCAAGUUUCGUGGAAUCGUCUGCAGGAGAAACUGAUGUAUAAUCUUUGUGUUGUUGAACAUGUUAAAAAUUUAAUAUAAUGUUGUAAUGAUGAAUUUUUUAACGCAUAUUAAAGUUAGUAAGAAUGCUAAAAUUUUUGGGUAAGGGGGUGAUAAUUUAGAUGAGCCAAAUAUUUAUUUAAUCAAUUGUAAAUUUAUUCUAAUAAAUUUAAGUUUUAUUGAGAA